AUGGAAGCAAAGGAAAUCCCAGAAGUGGUGCUAAACUCAGGCCAUAAGAUGCCAAUGCUAGGUUUUGGUACAGGAACGGUACCCUUACCACCAUCUCAUGAGCUCAUCCCUGCUUUGAUUGCUGCCAUCCAAGCUGGCUAUAGGCAUUUUGACACUGCAGCUUAUUAUGGUUAUGAGGAAUCCCUUGGAAUUGCAAUUGCACAAGCACUUGAGCAAGGUCUUAUUAAGAGUCGUUGUGAGAUUUUUGUCACUACCAAGCUAUGGUGCACUGAUGCUCAUCCUGCUCUUGUGAUUCCAGCACUCAAGAGCUCUCUAGAGAGGUUGGGCCUAGAGUAUGUGGAUCUUUACCUGAUCCAUUUUCCAUUGAGGUUGAGACAAGGGGUUAAAGGGGCUAAGUAUGAAAAAGGAGACAUUCUUCCUUUUGACAUGAAAGGGACAUGGGAAGUCAUGGAACAGUGCUCUAAAUUGGGCUUGGCCAAGUCUAUUGGUGUAAGCAAUUUUGGUGUCAAAAAGCUUUCUGAACUCCUACAAAUUGCAACUAUUCCUCCUGCUGUUGAUCAGGUGGAAAUGAACGCUGCAUGGCAGCAGGAAAAUCUGAGAAAAUUCUGCAAAGAGAAUGGAAUUCACGUGAGUGCAUGGUCCCCUUUGGGAGCUAAUGGAGCUCAGUGGGGUUCACUUGCUGUCAUGGACAGUCCAAUCCUAAAGGACAUUGCAUUUACUGUGGGCAAAACUGUAGCACAGGUUGCAUUAAGAUGGAUAAUAGAGCAAGGUGUUACUCCAAUAGUGAAGAGCUUCAACAAAGAGAGAAUGAAAGAAAAUAUUAAAAUAUUUGAUUGGAAGCUGAGCGAUGUUGAUUUGGAGAAAACCAAUCAAAUACCUCAAUACAGGGCUUUCAAAGGAGAACGUUUUGUCUCUGAAAAUGGACCUUACAAAACUAUUGAAGAUCUUUGGGAGUGA